AUUCAAACGCUUUCAUGGAAGACCACGAAAUGGGCGACGAUGCCACGCCAAAGCUCACCUGGGACGAAGCAAAGGGUUUGUGUGAGGAAGUAGGCGCCGAAUUCGAGAAAGGAUUGAAGGAUGGCGAGCGCUUGUUCCAACUGAAGGCGACAUUUAACAACCGGAGGGUGUCCCUGAUCGACCAACAAAAGUCGGCACGUCAAACCGUCAUUGAUAUGGUCAAGGAGAUUCAGCGAAUCCAGCAGUACGAAGACGAGAGAGACAACAGCGCGGAAAUGGUCCGACGAAUUGAAGAGUUGGAUCGUCUUAAACACGAGCUUCAGCACAAACUCCACGAGCUCAAAGAAGAGCAACUCGUGUGCGAAGCUAACAUUGAAAACCUCAUUCUGCAGUACGAUUUCGCACAGCAACAGUACGCAGAGGAAUGCACUGCUAGUGGAAGGGACAUCCCCCGCCUAAAGCAAACGAUCGCAGUGUAUGCGUCCAUCACAGGCAUCAAGUGGGACUUCUCGAGUGAACACAUCGCUGGCUGUAUCCACGCGCCAGAGCAACAGAGCUUGCACACGUUUGAAUUGCGAGCGCCGCACAACGACUUUGCCGUCGCGAACGAACUGUGGCAACUCAUCGACCACGCUCAUCGUGCUGUCGAAUGAAUGCCCACUGACUCCCAAACACCAUGUAUUUCCAAUAUAAUUACAAGUUGCUGUAUCGCUGCUGCUCGUGGUCCAGCGUUUCC